AUGAAAAAGAACACGACCACUCAAUCUACGACAGUCAUCGCAGAAGAAACGACCACACCGCCAUCUCAUUCAGAUGAUUAUACGAACACCAAUGAUAUUGGCACUACUGAAUACACGCCGCUAUAUUACGACACGGAGAGGCCCUACAAUUUCACGGGCCUCUCGGGCGAUUUUUACCAAUGGAUCAGUUAUGCCGAUUCCCGCCUGUUGGACCGCAUGGGAUACGAUUCGCUGGUCUGCAAGAAGGGCCCUGGGGAUAUGCAAAUGUUUGGCAGUGAAGACGAUUAUUGGGCAAACUACCAAUGGAACGGAGUGCCCUUUCAUCUGGAUUUGAAUGGUGGUCACACAAAUGACGAGCUAAAGAUUGCGGCGUCGAUGUUUGUGCUCGGCAUCAUCGGAAUGGGCUUAGCGGCCACGUCCGGUUUCUUGGUUGUGAAAAACGCGAAGGUCUCAAAAAUUGUAAGCAUUGGAAUGAUCGCCGACGCAUCGUGCCGUUUUAUCAACUCGGUGGCCCGCUUCUACUAUGGGAAAUGUUUAUUUGAUUGGGGCUGCCUAAAAAGCGAUGGCUACCCAUUUUCCGGAAUCAUGUUCAACAUGCUGUGGUCUACCCUGGACUACACCUCCUAUUUGACGAUGGGGUUGUUACAGCACUGGAUUUCAGUGAUUCGGUGCGCUGCA